AACGAAGAUAUAAUGCCAUCGACCAUGUCGAAUGAACAGAGCAAACAAAAAAAAACGGUUCUGUCCUGUUUCACGAACUCCAUCCAGCCCUUAGAUCCGUGGUUGUUAAUUUUUUGGCCUUGCUCUUCUUGCCCAACCCCUAACCCAAAGUGUGCUCACUCUCCACCACCAUGCCGUGGCUUUCCAGGUCUCCGUCCCCAAGAGUAUCGUCACGGGCGGGCUCGCCAUCCAAUGCCAGCCCCCCGUCCGUGGUGUACAUUCCGCCCCUGGUCGAUGGCGCGUGCGGGACCGCCCUACGCGCACAGCAGUCGGCCCUGCGCCUGCUCCGCGACGACGCCUCAGCCAUGAUGCGGAUGAUGCCGCGCAUGUCCCGGGCGCUAUGGACCGAGUUCGUCGCCAGCGGGGGCACCAUGUCCUGGGCGGACCGAAUGGACAUCCUCAUCCACAUCGCCCUCGUCGCCAUCGAGCUCUACAUGCUCGUCGCGGUGCUGCCCCUGUGGUUCGCCCUUCCCGGUAUCCUAUUCUGCACCUGGUUCUGCGGCUGUGCAGGCUUGGUUCUCGCUCUCAGCUGGAAGCUCAACGUGAAACACCACGUCGACCGAUGCUCGGCUGGCACGGCGGGAUGGAUGAUGGGCCAAGAAACCGAUGACGAGAGAUGGAUCGUCAUCGAGGGCAUGGGAAUCAGCUCCCGCCAUUUCUGCAACUCCACCAUCCCGACCCUCUCGAAGCUCUUCGGCAGGACAAUGACAGGCAUCUGCAUGCCCUCCUACGGCGUGCCCGCCGACCUCGUCUCCCUGCUCCUCCACCGCUGCAUCCCCCUCCCCUCCCGCCCCACCCGCACGAUCCACUCGCAGCUCCGCGCCGCUCUCCUCGACUCCUCGGUAGGCCGCGUCGUCGUCCUCGCCCACAACACCGGCGCCGCCGCCCUCGCGCAGGCGACCGCCCACCUGUACGCCGACGUCCCGGCCGACCGCCUGGCCAAGCUCGAGAUCUACACCUUCGGUGCGGCCGCGAGCGAGUUCGUCAUCCCCACGGGCGAGAGCAACAACAACAGGGGAUCCUCCGGAUCCUCCGCCUCCAGCAAAGACGCCAGCUCGCCGCCCACGUCGCCGUCGCCGCCGCCGCAGCAGCAGCUCCACCAUCACCAGACCGACGCCCACGCCGAGCGGGCCCGCGGCCAGCCGCACAUCGAGCACUUCGCCCUGGCCGCCGACCCGCUCGCCCGCCUGGGCGUCCUACAUGGCGUCAGGCAGGACCUGCGGGGGCGGUACUGCGGCGCCGUGUUCGUCAUCGACGGCGCCUCCCUGCCGAUGCAGCAGCGGCCAUCCACGUCCGCGCAGGGCCAGAAGAAACAGAAGCAGAAACAGAGGCAGUCGCCGUCGGGCCUGCGCAUGGCCGACUACCUCGAGGCCAUGUUCCCGGCGCAGAUGAUGAAGGGCGGGGCCGCCGGCAGAGGCGCCCUCGACAGCAUCAUGGCCAUCGACCGCGACGUGGCCGAGAAGCGCGAGUUCGCCGCCCUGUCGAGCUACGCGGCCGCGACGAAUCCGCGCGGGUCGGCGGCGGCGGGCGGGAAGCGGCUCAGCUGGACGGCGCUCGGGGCCACGGCUGGCGCAGCCAACGGGACGACCACCGCCACCGCUAACGGGAACGGCGGCGUCAAUGGACAGAACGGCGUGCGCAAGGGCGGUAGCGGCAGCAGCGUCAUGGACGGGGUCAUGGGCCUCGAGAUGGCGCGCCGGGGCUGCAAGGACUGCGAUGGCCACCGCGGCCGCGAGGUCAGCUGGCUGGUGCGCUACGUCAAUAUCGGGUUCUGCGUCGGCGCGAACGGGGUUGCCGCCGAUGACGACGCCGGGCGGGCUCAGUGAUUCGGGAUGCCGGGUUUGAUGAGGGAGUUUUCCGUGCGGGAUACCAAUCGGGGGCGUUGCCUUUCCAUUUUUCUGUCUUCAUCCCAGUAUUAAUUAAUCCCCAAUGCUCCCCUCUUCCUCUCUCUUUACGUUCAGGGUCAUACCAAACAAGUAAUACUGUAAUAGUAGUCAGUUGAUCGCAAUUAUUCGACGUCUCGAGGGAAUGCCUCUAACUAGCUGCUCUCUGUCCCCCAUUGCCCAACACUCUGCGUUGGAAUGAGAAUCUUGUCUCUCGUUGGCACGCUACGUGGGAUGAGAAGUAUUUCCCAACAAAAUGGGCUGAAGAAGAGCCUGACUGGAGAAGUGCAAAAGUUGUGCUGAGAAAAAAAAUCCCAGCCGCUUCCCUGCUGAAGGUCAAAGAGAAUUCGACAAAAAAUUAUUCGAGCACAGCGCGAUUCGAACACGCAGUCUUCAGAGCCGAAAUCUGAC